ACACACACACACACACUCAUCUUCAUCAUGAGGAGCUUCAUUCUCAUCUUCAUCAGCGCAUUGAGCUGCAGCAUCAGCGCACAGCCACGGCCCUGCGAGUCUCCUACUCUGUAUGUGGGCAGCGUGUCUAUGACGGCGGCGGAUGGAAUCAUCACGUCUGCAGCCUCGUACUCUUAUGAUGCUCACGCUCAGCAGAUCCGCUUCAGGAACUACAUGACCGUCUUCAACGAGUCCAUCACCAUGGACCUGCUCCUGCUCUUCAAACAGGGUGUGAUGUAUGAGAUCGAUUACUCGCGUCUGUCCUGUCAGAAGAAGGUUCUGGAGUCCUCCUUCCACCCCACACGGGUCCCGGCCGACGCCGUCUUCAUGGGUCAGGUGAUUCUGGGAACCAUGUCUGUUCCUGGUCUGGGUCUGCUGACCAACUCUUGGGUCGGAGAGAUUCCUGAGAUCCAGGCACAGUACAUGCUGACCUUCACUGAGUUCACGUGUCUGCCGGUCAGCGCCAUGGUCUUCACUCCUCAGACCGGAUGGAUCACCUUCAGCUUCUACAAUCAUCUGCUGGGUGUCCAGAAUCCUCAAGACUUCGUCCCUCCGUUCUUCUGUCCCAAAGCGGCUCCGGAGGAACAUCUGCCCAAAACCAACUUCCUGAAGGCCCUCCGUCCGUCUCAUUAAUCCUGAUGACAUCCUCACGAGAUGCUGAUGAUCAUCUUGAGACGCAGAUCUCAGUCAGAAAUCUGACCGGCUGGAUCAAACCUUAAACAAUAAAUUAAAAAGUCUCCAU